GCCCCGCGGAACCGCCCGGGCGCGCGCGCCGACGGGGCGGGCGCAUGCGCAGGGGGGCGCGCCGCCUCUGCCCCGCGGCGAGGGUGUCUAUGGAGAGGCGGCGGCCGCGGCUGCUGAGGCGGACGCUGAGGCAGUGGCGAUGGCGCCCUUCCCCGAUGAAGUGGACGUCUUCACCGCCCCGCACUGGCGGAUGAAGCAGCUGGUGGGGCGCUACUGCGACAAGCUUUCUAAAACCAACUUUUCCAACAACAAUGACUUCCGUGCUCUUCUCCAGUCUUUAUAUGCUACUUUCAAGGAGUUUAAAAUGCAUGAACAAAUUGAAAAUGAAUACAUUAUCGGUUUACUUCAGCAGCGCAGUCAGACCAUAUAUAAUGUACACUCUGACAAUAAGCUCUCCGAGAUGCUGAGUCUCUUUGAAAAGGGGCUGAAGAAUGUCAAGAAUGAGUACGAACAGUUAAAUUAUGCAAAACAGCUGAAAGAGAGAUUGGAGGCUUUUACAAGAGAUUUUCUUCCUCACAUGAAAGAGGAAGAAGAGGUUUUUCAGCCCAUGUUAAUGGAAUAUUUUACCUACGAGGAGCUUAAAGAUAUCAAAAAGAAAGUGAUUGCACAGCACUGCUCACAGAAGGACACGGCAGAGCUCCUCAGAGGGCUCAGUCUGUGGAACCAAGCUGAGGAGCGACAGAAAGUUCUCAAGUACUCUGUGGAUGAGAAGGCAGAUACAGAAGCGGAAGUGUCAGAACACUCCACAGGUAUAACCCAUCUUCCUCCUGAGGUAAUGCUGUCCAUUUUCAGUUACCUUAAUCCUCAAGAAUUGUGUCGGUGUAGUCAAGUCAGUACUAAGUGGUCUCAGCUGGCAAAAACAGGAUCUUUGUGGAAACAUCUUUACCCUGUUCAUUGGGCAAGAGGUGACUGGUAUAGUGGUCCUGCCACUGAACUUGAUACUGAGCCUGAUGAGGAAUGGGUGAGAAAUAGGAAAGAUGAAAGUCGUGCUUUCCAGGAGUGGGAUGAAGAUGCCGAUAUAGAUGAAUCUGAAGAGUCUGCAGAGGAAUCGGUUGCUAUCAGCAUUGCACAAAUGGAAAAACGUGUACUCCAUGGCUUAAUUCAUAAUGUUCUGCCAUAUGUUGGUACCUCUGUAAAAACUUUAGUGUUAGCGUACAGCUCUGCAGUCUCCAGCAAAAUGGUUAGGCAGAUUUUAGAGCUUUGUCCUAACCUGGAACAUCUGGAUCUUACCCAGACCGACAUUUCUGAUUCUGCAUUUGACAGUUGGUCUUGGCUCGGUUGCUGCCAGAGUCUUCGGCAUCUUGAUCUGUCUGGAUGUGAAAAAAUCACAGACAUGGCUCUAGAGAAGAUUUCUAGAGCUCUUGGAGUUCUGACAUCUCAUCAGAGUGGCUUUCUGAAAAGUGCAGGCAAGGCUGCUUCAACUCCAUGGACAAGUAAAGACAUUACCAUGCCAUCCACCACGCAGUAUGCCUGUUUGCACAAUUUAACUGACAAAGGCAUUGGUGAAGAAAUAGACAACGAGCACUCUUGGACUGAACCUGUGUCUUCUGAAAGUUUGACUUCUCCUUAUGUGUGGAUGCUAGAUGCUGAAGAUUUGGCUGAUAUUGAAGAUGCUGUAGAGUGGAGACACAGAAAUGUUGAGAGUCUCUGUGUGAUGGAAACAGCCUCCAACUUUGGUUGUUCCUCAUCUGGUUGUUACAGUAAGGACAUUGUGGGAUUAAGGACUAGUGUCUGUUGGCAGCAGCAUUGUGCUUCUCCAGCCUUUGCAUAUUGUGGUCAUUCAUUCUGUUGUACAGGGACAGCUUUAAGAACUAUGACUACACUCCCAGCGACUUCUGCAAUGUGUAGAAAAGCAUUAAGGACUACAUUGCCCAGGGGGAAAGACUUAAUUUAUUUUGGGAGUGAAAAGUCUGACCAAGAGACUGGACGAGUACUUUUGUUCCUCAGUCUGUCUGGAUGUUACCAGAUCACAGACCAUGGUCUCAGGGCUCUGACUCUGGGAGGAGGGCUGCCUUACCUGGAGCACCUGAAUCUCUCUGGCUGUCUGACUGUAACUGGUGCAGGGCUGCAGGAUUUGGUCUCAGCGUGUCCUUCCCUAAAUGACGAAUACUUUUACUACUGUGACAACAUUAACGUGAGGCAGAAAUUUGCUAGGAAGAAGUCAGAUAUGCACAGGGCAGUGUGCUUUGACUUGUGUCAUGUGGGAGAAUAGCAUCCUUGACCAGAGGUGUCAGUGAGCCCUUUACUCUUUCCCUUAAAAACCAGGUGUGCACUUUUCUUUGAUGUGUCUGGCUUUGACUGUUUUCCUAAGCCACUGUGUAAUUCAGUAUAAUAUUCCUUCUUUAUCUUUCUGUCUCUAAGAAUAAAGGGCAUGUGUGUAGGCAGGGUAUAUGGAGUUGUGUAGUCCAGCUACUUGGGAAGCUAAGAUACAAAGAUGAACCUGCACCUUUGCAGCCAGCAUGGAAGACAGAAGAUCUUGUCUCUUAAAACAGAGACAAACAAAAAUGUGUGUGUGUUGUAUAAAUAUAGACAUGUAUGGCUUUUUAUUUGGAAAUUCAAAUUUUUCAUGUUUUCAGUAGUUGCUCAGAAUAGAAUUAUAUACUGAUAAAUGAUAGGUACAUUUAGCAUUAAUUAGAUUAAGGUUCAAGAGGUGGGUAGAGAUGAUGUGAGGCAGUGCUUGGGUAUUACAGAAAGGUAUCAGGUAUUUGAUGUUGAAGCAGUAAUAUGUGAUGGGUGGAGCCAAGCUUAUUAGCAAGGGAUGGGUGAGGAUUGGUGUGUAGGGAAGCUGGAAAUAUGUACAAGGAAAACUUGGCUAAAGACUGACAGUGGGAGAAGAAUGUUGAAGUUUAGGAUUCUGUACCAAGGUAUUUCUAACAACUACAAAGAUAAAUCUUUUAAAUUUUAGCUUUAUGUCCUAUUUUAUCCAGAAAAUGCUGCUUUAUAUGGCAUUAUAAAUUUUAAAUAUUUGGCAUAUAACAAUUUAAAAUGGAAGAUUUUGAUUUUUUUUAUUAAAUAAAAAUUGGCCUGUAGUACUCCAGUUGUAUUGGGUACUUUUAAAACCUACAACCAUGUAUUAUCUGUGUCAGCAACCUGAAGUCUGAGCUCAGUCUUUUAUUUCAUGUCUUGUAUGUCGUGCCCAUAGCCCUUAUUUGAAGCUAAUCCCAGACAUGUCAGUCUUCACAAUCAAUUGCAAUUCUACACAUAAACAAAAUCCAAUGUUUUUCUUAAAGAUAAUUUGUCAUUUAUAUACUGAAAUAUAUGAACAUUAUAUUUCAGUGACUGUAUCUUAAGAAAUUCUUUUUUUUUUUUUUGCAUAUAUGCUCUCUUGGGAUAAAAGGAAAUGUUGUACUUGUGGUGAUACAUGUAGUCUAAAUUUUAGUUGCAAGUAUCCUAAUUACUGACUCUGGGUGUUAGCAUAGUCACCUUCUGCAACAUACUGCAGCUCCUAUAAAGCAGUAGGAUGCAAAUGGGUUCUCAGUUAAGCUGGGAAGCACUGAAGGGCAGUGAGAGGUUAAGUCCAUUAGAUACGUUCUGUAGUGAUGCCUGCUCCAUGUCUUCUCAUUUUGUUUUGUUCUUGUGUAUCAAUCACACUUGCAGGCUCUGGUUUCCUGGUGGAAGUGUAAAGAGCUGCUCCUUAUUAGUUCAGUGCACCAGCUACAUUGAGUCUUCGAAACGCUAGAAACAGCCCUGUAGGCUUGUGUCUCCUUAGGAAAGUCAUUCUACUCAGAACAUUCUCCAACUUUGUGACAUUUUUGUUACUUUUCUAAUUUGUAGUUAUGUUCCUGAAUAAACCUAGACCUUUUAUCUAGUAUCUGGGUAAUAUAGUACAGCUGUAAAAUUCCAAUUAUUCCAUAAGUGGUUUAUUAUUGUAAGUGAAUCACAGUUUUAUGUUUUAGAUGUUUAAUUAAACACUUGUUUGCAUUCAGUUUUGGGACAAAUUUUCAUCUAAAGCUAUCUUUUGUUUUUAUUCAGAGGUCUACAAAUGAUCAGAGUAUGGAACAUUCAUUGAGGAUGUGUCUGUAUAGUACAUUGUUUUAAACUUUGAAUAUGACAUUUAUUCUAAUUGUUCAUUGCUGUAUUCUUUAGCUGACACAGUUCAGAUAGGUUUUAUUUUUUGUCUUAAUCAUGUUUCUAGGAAGAAUGCUCAAAGAAGUCUUGUUUCUGUGGAUUGUCUCCUUUUUUCCUUGGGUUUUAAGAUUCUUGGGAAAUUUUGUUAUGUUUCCUGUUCCAUGGAGGAUAUUUUCAGUGGAAUCAGACAGCCAUUGGCAAUUUGUGUCUGAAUUUUUAAUGCAUGUGCUGUAAGAUUUUACUUGUGUGAUGUCAAUGAAGUGCAAGUUAAAAACAGAGUCAUAGGCAGAACUGUUUGUGCAUGAUCUCCAAGAAGUUCCUCCCCUCACGUGUUGUUUGCUUUCAUACAGGUCCUCAUGCUGACACCGCCAGUGGAUGCCAGAAUUUGCAGUGUGGUUUUCGAGCCUGCUGCCGCUCUGGCGAAUGACCCCUGACUUCUGACCUUUGUCUACUUCAUUUAGCUGAGCAGGCUUCCUUUCAUGCACUUUACUUAUAGCACAUUUCUUGUGUUAACAACCCAUUUUGGGUGUGUCUUGUUUGGCCCCAUUUCUUACAGUCUCAGAAAUUUAAUUUAGCAGUGAACUGUACAAUGUUGUUUACCCUUGCAAAAUAUAUUUUUGUUUUAGAAAAGGUUUAGGAUUUUUUGUUAGGGUGAGAACAGUCUUUCUGGUUUCUUUUCAAUGAAAUGCUUUAAAAAAUAUCACUAAUACCAUGCUAUUUAAAGUUUUUCUAGAUUAUUUGCAUUUUAGUCAAUGGGGGUUAUUGGUUCUCUUAUGUGUAAACACUGUACCAAGUUUUGCAGAUUCUUUCAAAUCCACAUUUCUGAAGUUUUAUUUUCAAAGACUGAACAUUUUAGAAAGGAAUCUCUUUUCCCCUAACGUUUUCUUUAUUUGAACAAUUCUGAGGGGCCAAUUCAAACACACUUAGAAGCGAGAUUCUUUAAGAUUAUAGGAUAAAUUGGUCUCUUGGUGCAGCAGUCUGUUGUUUGCUGUAGACACCAGCUUCCACUGCUGUCCCUAAACUGUUGAAUUCUAGAAGGAUUUUUAAAAAUUCCACAAUUGUUUGAAGAAAUGUAUAAAUAAAAUCUACUUUGAGAACUUUACCAAGCAA